UCUGAAACGGUGACUGAGUCAACUAGAAAAGAAAUAACAGGCAACAAAACCAGACAGUCAGAAGUGAACAGAGAGCCAACAAAUUAAUAAAAAAUAAAGUCAAAAGGAGAAUUUAAAAAGAAAACCAUUGGACCGUAAGGGAAGCAGAGUGCUCAAACAGCUUCUUGAGGGUGGUAUUGUUGGUGGUGGGAUGGCCGGAGUGCGUCGGUGCGUGCUGGCAGCGGUGCUGCUGCUCGCCGUGUGUCUCUGGGUGCCUUCUGAGGCUGUAGGAGGGGCCAAGAGUCGACCAAAACCUCAGAAGCGACCUCCAAAGAAUCCUAAAGUUGACCCUGUGGACUCGACCCCGCCUGCUCAGAAUGUAGACAUACAGCAGAUGACAGGAGUGUGGUACCUCCUGAACACAGCCUCCAAAUGCUCCUACCUGAUAAAUCAUGGAACCAGCGUGGAGCCAACUGUCAUGACGCUCACACGCUCCUCUGCCUCGGCCCAAACCCUGUCUGUUAGUACUAAAACACGUCAUAAUCACCAGUGCUGGGAGAUUUUGCAGGUCUACCAUUUAACGUCAACCCCAGGAAAACUGAUACUCAAAGGAGCCCGUCCUGAGCUCAACACAGACAUCGUGGUUGGAGAAACUGACUACACCUCCUACGCAGUCCUGUUCUACCAGAAACAGGACAAGAUCACAGUAAAGCUCUACAGCAGGUCCGUGGACAACCUAUCAGAGCCAAUGUUGGCCAAGUUUGAACAACUUGCUGAAAAACACAGCUUGGGGCUGGCCUACCUCUUCCCCUUCCCUACCUACAGUCACUGUGGCCAUGUGGACAAGGAUCAUAUAAUCAACUGCGUCCCCACAUGCUGAGGAGGUGGAGCUACCCACUCAACAAAAUUGAUUCAAGGCUGAAGCCACGCUUUAAAAAUGCAAAUUCCUUUGACAAACAAAUAAAGUAACAUGAAGAAAA